CCGCGUCCUAGCGCCCCGCGACUGCGUCACCGGCCCCCGGCACGUAACCACAGCUGCCUCCGCCCGCCUCGGGCCCGGGCGGACGUUUUGCCGCCCCGGCGACGUCAGCGCGUCCGGCGUUGCUUGGCUACCCCGCCGUUCCCCCGUCCCGCUGCCGCUCGCCUCCCGGGGUGAAACUCUUACGCCGUCACCGCGGUUCUCGGCUGCGUCAUAGCGGCGGGCAUCCCACCUUCACGUCACACCUCCUCCUCACCUGGACACGCAUCCCUCCCUCCCUGCCAACAACGACGUUUCCUCUCCCCCAACUCCAGUCCCCCUGCGCCAGAUGUGGCGGGAGAAGAUGGAGACGGGGGUGGGACCGAGUUGUGGACCACGCUCAGGAAAGGGUCGCAAGGUGGGACCCCCGACAGUGGUAGAAACAAAAUGAGGACGACUUUGAAGUUUGCCCUUCUACUGAGACACGAGGAAUAGAGGAGAAAAAAUGACCAACCCAGAGACACCGAAGGCUUCACUAGUGCUGUAGCUCCAAGUCCUCUCCCCAUACCUCCCUAACCUUUCCCCAUCUCUCUUCCACACUACUUCUUGGCUAGUCUAGAUCCAUCCUCAUCCCUAACUCUGCAUACAGUUCAACUCACCCCAGUUAAAUAAUGGCAGAGACAAGCCUGUUAGAGGCCGGGGCCUCUGCAGCCUCCACAGCUGCAGCUCUGGAGAACUUACAGGUGGAGGCAAGUUGCUCUGUGUGCCUGGAGUAUCUGAAGGAGCCUGUCAUCAUUGAGUGUGGGCACAACUUCUGCAAAGCUUGCAUCACUCGCUGGUGGGAGGACCUAGAGAGGGACUUCCCUUGUCCUGUAUGUCGAAAGACGUCCCGCUACCGCAGUCUCCGACCUAAUCGACAGCUGGGCAGCAUGGUGGAAAUUGCCAAGCAGCUCCAGGCCGUCAAACGGAAGAUCCGAGAUGAGAGCCUCUGCCCCCAGCACCAUGAAGCCCUCAGCCUCUUCUGCUAUGAGGACCAGGAGGCUGUGUGUUUGAUAUGUGCAAUUUCCCACACCCACCGGGCCCACACCGUCGUGCCACUGGACGAUGCCACACAGGAGUACAAGGAAAAACUGCAGAAGUGCCUGGAGCCCCUGGAGCGGAAGCUGCAGGAGAUCACCCGCUGCAAGUCCUCUGAGGAGAAGAAGCCUGGGGAACUCAAGAGACUAGUGGAGAGUCGUCGACAGCAGAUCCUAAAGGAAUUUGAAGAGCUUCAUCGGCGGCUGGAUGAAGAGCAGCAGGUGUUACUUUCACGACUAGAGGAGGAGGAACAGGACAUUCUACAGCGCCUCCGAGAAAAUGCUGCUCACCUUGGAGACAAGCGCCGGGACCUGGCCCACUUGGCUGCUGAGGUGGAGGGCAAGUGCUUACAGUCGGGCUUCGAGAUGCUUAAGGAUGUCAAAAGUACCCUGGAAAAAUGUGAGAAGGUGAAGACCAUGGAGGUGACUUCAGUAUCCAUAGAGCUGGAAAAGAACUUCAGCAAUUUCCCCCGACAGUACUUUGCACUAAGGAAAAUCCUUAAACAGCUAAUUGCGGAUGUGACCCUGGACCCUGAGACUGCUCAUCCUAACCUAGUCCUGUCAGAAGAUCGUAAGAGCGUCAAGUUCGUGGAGACAAGACUCCGGGAUCUCCCUGAUACACCACAGCGUUUCACCUUCUACCCUUGUGUCCUGGCUACUGAGGGUUUUACCUCAGGUCGACACUACUGGGAGGUGGAGGUGGGCGACAAGACCCACUGGGCAGUGGGUGUGUGCCGGGACUCUGUGAGCCGAAAGGGCGAACUGACCCCACUCCCUGAGACUGGCUACUGGCGGGUGCGGCUGUGGAACGGGGACAAGUAUGCAGCCACCACCACACCUUUUACCCCUUUGCACAUCAAGGUGAAACCCAAGCGGGUAGGCAUAUUCCUAGACUAUGAGGCCGGUACACUGUCUUUUUACAACGUCACAGACCGCUCUCAUAUCUACACCUUCACUGAUACUUUUACUGAGAAACUUUGGCCCCUCUUCUACCCAGGCAUCCGGGCUGGUCGGAAGAAUGCUGCACCACUUACCAUCAGGCCCCCAACAGAUUGGGAGUGACAGGUAGGGACAUGGGAAUAAUCAGGGUGAGGCAGGGUCAAGAGCUAUGGGCCUUCCUUCCUGUGACCUGCUGGAACGUCUUUGUGUCCGCCUGGUUCCAGUCCUGAACCAUCUGGGAGAACACCUUGGUUUCUAGAAUGGUUUAUGGGGAGGAGUAGUUAGGACUGGACUGGGACGAGAGCACUGCAGUGUCUCCCUCCUCACAGUUAGGGUGGAGAGCUGGUUCCCAGGGGGUAGUCUCCUCUGAAGUCCAUCAGGUUUUCUAUUGCACAAGGAUGGGUUGGAAGGAAGGAGAGGCUUUUCCAGAAACAACAAGUCUGUGGGAGGGUCUGACUUGCUCAAACCAGAGGAGGAAACAGAAACCCCUGUACAUCCUUUUAGGGGGUUCUUUGACCCAAAAUAGUCUUGUUUUUUUAGGAAGAUCACAGGGGUCUUUGUACCUCUAAAUUGAAAUAAAGAUGAAUGACAGUUGCUCUCAUGGGUAUAGAAGUUGAGGAGUUAUUUUCAGGGCAGAGAUUGGGCAUCAAGAAGGUUAGAAAGAAGGUCAAGAAAGGGGGCUAAAUGAACAGAUUCCUAAAGACUAAUGAACGGGAGAAGGGUUUUUUUGGUUGCCAUUAUGAGUAGGAUUGGCCAGAGGUAGGAAUGUGGGAGGAGGGGGUAGGAAGAAAGAGAACCCAGGUCCCUGCCUUAGCCUUCAGCAGAGAUGGCUCAUCGCCUACCUCCUUGUAGUUGCUCAUCUCCAAGAGCUGUUACCUUGCUCAUCUGGAGAG